CCGGAAGUGGUGAGGGGAGCGCGCGGCGGGGCGUGGCCGGACCUUCAUUCGCCAUUCCUGAGGGUGGGAGCAGAGACAGCGGGGACCGAACCGGGACCGGGACCGGUGAGUGGGGGGGCCCAAAACACCGGGGGAGGCGGCUCUCAGGGGCCCCGCCCAUCACUGAGCUGGGAGUGGAAACCUGUCAUUAUAUAAUAAUAUAAUAUAGUAACACAUUAUUAUAAAUAUAUUAUAUUAUAUCCAUCAUUAAUCACUGAGCUGGGAGGGGAAACCUGUCAUUAUAUAAUAAUAUAAUAUAGUAACCCAUUAUUAUAAAUAUAUUAUAUUAUAUCCAUCAUUAAUCACUGAGCGGGGAGGGGAAACCUGUCAUUAUAUAAUAAUAUAAUAUAGUAACCCAUUGUUAUAAAUAUAUUAUAUUAUAUCCAUCAUUAAUCACUGAGCUGGGAGGGGAAACCUGUCAUUAUAUAAUAAUAUAAUAUAGUAACCCAUUAUUAUAAAUAUAUUAUAUUAUAUCCAUCAUUAAUCACUGAGCGGGGAGGGGAAACCUGUCAUUAUAUAAUAAUAUAAUUUAGUAACCCAUUAUUAUAAAUAUAUUAUAUCCAUAAUUAAUCACUGAGCUGGGAGUGGAAACCUGUCAUUAUAUAAUAAUAAUAUAAUAUAGUAACCCAUUAUUAUAAAUAUAUUAUAUCCAUCAUUAAUCACUGAGCUGGGAGGGGAAACCUGUCAUUAUAUAAUAAUAUAAUAUAGUAACACAUUAUUAUAAAUAUAUUAUAUCCAUCAUUAAUCACUGAGCUGGGAGGGGAAACCUGUCAUUAUAUAAUAAUAUAAUAUAGUAACCCAUUAUUAUAAAUAUGUUAUAUUAUAUCCAUCAUUAAUCACUGAGCUGGGAGUGGAAACCUGUCAUUAUAUAAUAAUAUAAUAUAGUAACCCAUUAUUAUAAAUAUAUUAUAUUAUAUCCAUCAUUAAUCACUGAGCGGGGAGGGGAAACCUGUCAUUAUAUAAUAAUAUAAUAUAGUAACCCAUUAUUAUAAAUAUAUUAUAUCCAUCAUUAAUCACCGUACCGAGAAACCCGUCAUUAUAUAUAUAAUAAUAAUAAUAUAAUAUAGUAAACUAAAUAUUAAAUAUAAUAUAUAUCCAUCAUUAAUCACUGAGCGGGGAGGGGAAACCUGUCAUUAUAUAAUAAUAUAAUAUAGUAACCCAUUAUUAUAAAUAUAUUAUAUCCAUCAUUAAUCACUGAGCGGGGAGGGGAAACCUGUCAUUAUAUAAUAAUAUAAUAUAGUAACCCAUUAUUAUAAAUAUAUUAUAUUAUAUCCAUCAUUAAUCACUGAGCUGGGAGUGCAAACCUGUCAUUAUAUAAUAAUAAUAUAAUAUAGUAACCCAUUAUUAUAAAUAUAUUAUAUUAUAUCCAUCAUUAAUCUCUGAGCUGGGAGUGGAAACCUGUCAUUAUAUAAUAAUAAUAUAAUAUAGUAACCCAUUAUUAUAAAUAUAUUAUAUCCAUCAUUAAUCACUGAGCUGGGAGGGGAAACCUGUCAUUAUAUAAUAAUAAUAAUAUAAUAUAGUAACCCAUUAUUAUAAAUAUAUUAUAUCCAUCAUUAAUCACUGAGCUGGGAGGGGAAACCUGUCAUUAUAUAAUAAUAUAAUACAGUAACCCAUUAUUAUAAAUAUAUUAUAUCCAUCAUUAAUCACUGAGCUGCGAGUGGAAACCUGUCAUUAUAUAAUAAUAUAAUACAGUAACCCAUUAUUAUAAAUAUAUUAUAUCCAUCAUUAAUCACUGAGCUGGGAGGGGAAACCUGUCAUUAUAUAAUAAUAUAAUAUAGUAACACAUUAUUAUAAAUAUAUUAUAUCCAUCAUUAAUCACUGAGCUGGGAGGGGAAACCUGUCAUUAUAUAAUAAUAAUAUAAUAUAGUAACCCAUUAUUAUAAAUAUAUUAUAUCCAUCAUUAAUCACUGAGCUGGGAGGGGAAACCUGUCAUUAUAUAAUAAUAUAAUAUAGUAACCCAUUAUUAUAAAUAUAUUAUAUUAUAUCCAUCAUUAAUCACUGAGCGGGGAGGGGAAACCUGUCAUUAUAUAAUAAUAUAAUUUAGUAACCCAUUAUUAUAAAUAUAUUAUAUCCAUAAUUAAUCACUGAGCUGGGAGUGGAAACCUGUCAUUAUAUAAUAAUAAUAUAAUAUAGUAACCCAUUAUUAUAAAUAUAUUAUAUCCAUCAUUAAUCACUGAGCUGGGAGUGGAAACCUGUCAUUAUAUAAUAAUAAUAUAAUAUAGUAACCCAUUAUUAUAAAUAUAUUAUAUCCAUCAUUAAUCACUGAGCUGGGAGGGGAAACCUGUCAUUAUAUAAUAAUAAUAUAAUAUAGUAACCCAUUAUUAUAAAUAUAUUAUAUCCAUCAUUAAUCACUGAGCUGAGGGGAAACCUGUCAAUAUAUAAUAAUAAUAUAAUAUAUAACCCAUUAUUAUAAAUAUAUUAUAUCCAUCAUUAAUCACUGAGCUGGGAGGGGAAACCUGUCAUUAUAUAAUAAUAAUAUAAUAUAGUAACCCAUUAUUAUAAAUAUAUUAUAUCCAUCAUUAAUCACUGAGCUGGGAGGGGAAACCUGUCAUUAUAUAAUAAUAUAAUAUAGUAACCCAUUAUUAUAAAUAUAUUAUAUCCAUCAUUAAUCACUGAGCGGGGAGUGGAAACCUGUCAUUAUAUAAUAAUAUAAUAUAGUAACCCAUUAUUAUAAAUAUAUUAUAUCCAUCAUUAAUCACUGAGCUGGGAGUGGAAACCUGUCAUUAUAUAAUAAUAAUAUAAUAUAGUAACCCAUUAUUAUAAAUAUAUUAUAUCCAUCAUUAAUCACUGAGCUGGGAGGGGAAACCUGUCAUUAUAUCAUAAUAAUAUAAUAUAGUAACCCAUUAUUAUAAAUAUAUUAUAUCCAUCAUUAAUCACUGAGCUGGGAGUGGAAACCUGUCAUUAUAUAAUAAUAUAAUAUAGUAACCCAUUAUUAUAAAUAUAUUAUAUUAUAUCCAUCAUUAAUCACUGAGCUGGGAGUGGAAACCUGUCAUUAUAUAAUAAUAUAAUAUAGUAACCCAUUAUUAUAAAUAUAUUAUAUCUAUCAUUAAUCACUGAGCUGGGAGUGGAAACCUGUCAUUAUAUAAUAAUAUAAUAUAGUAACACAUUAUUAUAAAUAUAUUAUAUUAUAUCCAUCAUUAAUCACUGAGCUGGGAGGGGAAACCUGUCAUUAUAUAAUAAUAUAAUACAGUAACCCAUUAUUAUAAAUAUAUUAUAUCCAUCAUUAAUCACUGAGCUGGGAGUGGAAACCUGUCAUUAUAUAAUAAUAUAAUACAGUAACCCAUUAUUAUAAAUAUAUUAUAUCCAUCAUUAAUCACUGAGCUGGGAGGGGAAACCUGUCAUUAUAUAAUAAUAUAAUAUAGUAACCCAUUAUUAUAAAUAUGUUAUAUUAUAUCCAUCAUUAAUCACUGAGCUGGGAGUGGAAACCUGUCAUUAUAUAAUAAUAUAAUAUAGUAACCCAUUAUUAUAAAUAUAUUAUAUUAUAUCCAUCAUUAAUCACUGAGCGGGGAGGGGAAACCUGUCAUUAUAUAAUAAUAUAAUAUAGUAACCCAUUGUUAUAAAUAUAUUAUAUUAUAUCCAUCAUUAAUCACUGAGCUGGGAGGGGAAACCUGUCAUUAUAUAAUAAUAUAAUAUAGUAACCCAUUAUUAUAAAUAUAUUAUAUUAUAUCCAUCAUUAAUCACUGAGCUGGGAGUGGAAACCUUUCAUUAUAUAAUAAUAUAAUAUAGUAACCCAUUAUUAUAAAUAUAUUAUAUCCAUCAUUAAUCACUGAGCGGGGAGGGGAAACCUGUCAUUAUAUAAUAAUAUAAUAUAGUAACCCAUUAUUAUAAAUAUAUUAUAUUAUAUCCAUCAUUAAUCACUGAGCGGGGAGGGGAAACCUGUCAUUAUAUAAUAAUAUAAUAUAGUAACCCAUUAUUAUAAAUAUAUUAUAUUAUAUACAUCAUUAAUCACUGAGCUGGGAGUGCAAACCUGUCAUUAUAUAAUAAUAAUAUAAUAUAGUAACCCAUUAUUAUAAAUAUAUUAUAUUAUAUCCAUCAUUAAUCUCUGAGCUGGGAGUGGAAACUUGUCAUUAUAUAAUAAUAUAAUACAGUAACCCAUUAUUAUAAAUAUAUUAUAUCCAUCAUUAAUCACUGAGCGGGGAGGGGAAACCUGUCAUUAUAUAAUAAUAAUAUAAUAUAGUAACCCAUUAUUAUAAAUAUAUUAUAUCCAUCAUUAAUCACUGAGCUGGGAGGGGAAACCUGUCAUUAUAUAAUAAUAAUAUAAUAUAGUAACCCAUUAUUAUAAAUAUAUUAUAUCCAUCAUUAAUCACUGAGCUGGGAGUGGAAACCUGUCAUUAUAUAAUAAUAUAAUAUAGUAACCCAUUAUUAUAAAUAUAUUAUAUCCAUCAUUAAUCACUGAGCUGCGAGUGGAAACCUGUCAUUAUAUAAUAAUAUAAUACAGUAACCCAUUAUUAUAAAUAUAUUAUAUCCAUCAUUAAUCACUGAGCUGGGAGGGGAAACCUGUCAUUAUAUAAUAAUAUAAUAUAGUAACACAUUAUUAUAAAUAUAUUAUAUCCAUCAUUAAUCACUGAGCUGGGAGGGGAAACCUGUCAUUAUAUAAUAAUAAUAUAAUAUAGUAACCCAUUAUUAUAAAUAUAUUAUAUAUUAUAUCCAUCAUUAAUCACUGAGCUGGGAGGGGAAACCUGUCAUUAUAUAAUAAUAUAAUACAGUAACCCAUUAUUAUAAAUAUAUUAUAUCCAUCAUUAAUCACUGAGCUGGGAGUGGAAACCUGUCAUUAUAUAAUAAUAUAAUUCCAGUAACCCAUUAUUAUAAAUGCCAUAAUAUAUUAUAUCCAUCAUUAAUCACUGAGCUGGGAGGGAAACCCACAUUAUAUAAUAAUAUAAUAUAGCAAAAACUCCAUUAUUAUAAAUAUAUUAUAUCCAUCAUUAAUCACUGAGCUGAGGGGAACCCGUCAUUAUAUAACAAUAAUAAUAUAAUAUAGUAAACUCCAUUAUUAUAAAUAUAUUAUAUCCAUCAUUAAUCACUGAGCUGGAGGGAAACCUUGUCAUUAUAUAACAAUAUAAUAUAGUAAACCCAAUAUUAUAAAUAUAUUAUAUCCAUCAUUAAUCACUGACGUGAGUGGAAACCUUUCAUUAUAUAAUAAUAUAAUAUAGUAACCCAUUAUUAUAAAAUAUAUUAUAUCCAUCAUUAAUCACCGAGCUGGGAGGAAACCUGUCAUUAUAUAAUAAUAUAAUAUAGUAACACAUUAUUAUAAAUAUAUUAUAUCCAUCAUUAAUCACUGAGCUGGGAGUGGAAACCUGUCAUUAUAUAAUAAUAUAAUAUAGUAACACAUUAUUAUAAAUAUAUUAUAUUAUAUCCAUCAUUAAUCACUGAGCUGGGAGGGGAAACCUGUCAUUAUAUAAUUAUAUAAUAUAGUAACCCAUUAUUAUAAAUAUAUUAUAUCCAUCAUUAAUCACUGAGCUGGGAGUGCAAACCUGUCAUUAUAUAAUAAUAUAAUAUAGUAACCCAUUAUUAUAAAUAUAUUAUAUCCAUCAUUAAUCACUGAGCUGGGAGUGGAAACCUGUCAUUAUAUAAUAAUAAUAUAAUAUAGUAACCCAUUAUUAUAAAUAUAUUAUAUCCAUCAUUAAUCACUGAGCUGGGAGGGGAAACCUGUCAUUAUAUAAUAAUAUAAUACAGUAACCCAUUAUUAUAAAUAUAUUAUAUCCAUCAUUAAUCACUGAGCUGGGAGGGGAAACCUGUCAUUAUAUAAUAAUAUAAUAUAGUAACCCAUUAUUAUAAAUAUAUUAUAUCCAUAAUUAAUCACUGAGCUGGGAGGGGAAACCUGUCAAUAUAUAAUAAUAUAAUAUAGUAACCCAUUAUUAUAAAUAUAUUAUAUUAUAUCCAUCAUUAAUCACUGAGCUGGGAGUGGAAACCUGUCAUUAUAUAAUAAUAAUAUAAUAUAGUAACCCAUUAUUAUAAAUAUAUUAUAUUAUAUCCAUCAUUAAUCUCUGAGCUGGGAGUGGAAACCUGUCAUUAUAUAAUAAUAUAAUACAGUAACCCAUUAUUAUAAAUAUAUUAUAUCCAUCAUUAAUCACUGAGCGGGGAGGGGAAACCUGUCAUUAUAUAAUAAUAAUAAUAUAAUAUAGUAACCCAUUAUUAUAAAUAUAUUAUAUCCAUCAUUAAUCACUGAGCUGGGAGGGGAAACCUGUCAUUAUAUCAUAAUAAUAUAAUAUAGUAACCCAUUAUUAUAAAUAUAUUAUAUCCAUCAUUAAUCACUGAGCUGGGAGUGGAAACCUGUCAUUAUAUAAUAAUAUAAUAUAGUAACCCAUUAUUAUAAAUAUAUUAUAUUAUAUCCAUCAUUAAUCACUGAGCGGGGAGGGGAAACCUGUCAUUAUAUAAUAAUAUAAUAUAGUAACCCAUUAUUAUAAAUAUAUUAUAUUAUAUCCAUAAUUAAUCACUGAGCUGGGAGGGGAAACCUGUCAUUAUAUAAUAAUAUAAUAUAGUAACCCAUUAUUAUAAAUAUAUUAUAUCCAUCAUUAAUCUCACUGUGAGGGGAGAUGCAAUAAAUUUAUAUAAUAAUAUAAUAUAGUAACCAUUAUUAUAAAUAUAUUAUAUCAAUACAUUAAUCACUGAAGAGUGGAAACCUGUCAUUAUAUAUGUAAUAUAAUAUAAUGUACAUUGUUAUAAAUAUGUAUAUUAUUAUAUCCAUCAUUAAUCACUGAGCUGGGAGAGGAAACCUGUCAUUAUAUAAUAAUAUAAUACAGUAACCCAUUAUUAUAAAUAUAUUAUAUCCAUCAUUAAUCACUGAGCUGGGAGUGGAAACCUGUCAUUAUAUAAUAAUAUAAUAUAGUAACCCAUUAUUAUAAAUAUAUUAUAUCCAUCAUUAAUCACUGAGCUGGGAGGGGAAACCUGUCAUUAUAUAAUAAUAUAAUAUAGUAACACAUUAUUAUAAAUAUAUUAUAUUAUAUCCAUCAUUAAUCACUGAGCGGGGAGGGGAAACCUGUCAUUAUUUAAUAAUAUAAUAUAGUAACCCAUUAUUAUAAAUGUUAUAUUAUAUCCAUCAUUAAUCACUGAGCUGGGAGUGGAAACCUGUCAUUAUAUAAUAAUAUAAUAUAGUAACCCAUUAUUAUAAAUAUAUUAUAUCCAUCAUUAAUCACUGAGCUGGGAGUGGAAACCUGUCAUUAUAUAAUAAUAUAAUAUAGUAACCCAUUAUUAUAAAUAUAUUAUAUCAUCAUUAAUCACUGAGCUGGGAGGGGAAACCUGUCAUUAUAUAAUAAUAUAAUAUAGUAACCCAUUAUUAUAAAUAUAUUAUAUUAUAUCCAUCAUUAAUCACUGAGCGGGGAGGGGAAACCUGUCAUUAUAUAAUAAUAUAAUAUAGUAACCCAUUAUUAUAAAUAUAUUAUAUUAUAUCCAUCAUUAAUCACUGAGCUGGGAGGGGAAACCUGUCAUUAUAUAAUAAUAUAAUAUAGUAACCCAUUAUUAUAAAUAUAUUAUAUUAUAUCCAUCAUUAAUCACUGAGCGGGGAGGGGAAACCUGUCAUUAUAUAAUAAUAUAAUUUAGUAACCCAUUAUUAUAAAUAUAUUAUAUCCAUAAUUAAUCACUGAGCUGGGAGUGGAAACCUGUCAUUAUAUAAUAAUAAUAUAAUAUAGUAACCCAUUAUUAUAAAUAUAUUAUAUCCAUCAUUAAUCACUGAGCUGGGAGGGGAAACCUGUCAAUAUAUAAUAAUAUAAUAUAGUAACCCAUUAUUAUAAAUAUAUUAUAUCCAUCAUUAAUCACUGAGCUGGGAGGGGAAACCUGUCAAUAUAUAAUAAUAUAAUAUAGUAACCCAUUAUUAUAAAUAUAUUAUAUUAUAUCCAUCAUUAAUCACUGAGCUGGGAGGGGAAACCUGUCAUAUAUAAUAAUAUAAUAUAGUAACCCAUUAUUAUAAAUAUAUUAUAUUAUAUCCAUCAUUAAUCACUGAGCUGGGAGGGGAAACCUGUCAUUAUAUAAUAAUAUAAUAUAGUAACCCAUUAUUAUAAAUAUAUUAUAUCCAUCAUUAAUCACUGAGCUGGGAGAGAAAACCUGUCACUUUAUAAAAUAUUAUAUUAAUCUAACUGUAAAUCUAUCAAUAUAAUCUGUCACUUUAUCUGAUAUUAUUUCAAUCUAACUGUAAAUAUUCUAUUAAUCUUUUAGUGCAGGGCUUGACAUAUUUGCUUGGAGUAUAGGAGCCAGCUCAUAAAAAUCUUAAUUUUCAAUGAAAAUUAAAUUCUUAAAAGGUCACCAUAUACACCGUAGCUUAAUGUAGUGGUUCUGGUGUCUAUACCUUGUCCCUGCAAGCUUUUCAAUGUAAACACUACCUUAAAAAAAAAAAAAAGGCAGUGUUUACAUUGCUGCCUAGUAACACCUCUUGUGGCAGUCACAGAGACAUCUGCUAGACGUGCUUCCUAGUGUAGUGCUCUACAGUGUGCAGCGCCUACAUUCAGCAUCUCCAUGCUCUGAAUACUCCCCAUAGAGAUUAAUUGAUUCAGUGCAUGUCUAUGAGGAGAAGCUGAUUAGCACAUGUGCAACAGCCUCCCAAUGGCUGAGAUCAUCAAGAUUGAUCAUCUCAGCCAAAGAGGUGGCAAAACCAGCACGGCAUUGGGGGGUAAAAAGGUGAAUAAAAACUCCUUUCCCAUGCGAUCGGGUGGGUGGGGCAGUCACUUAAACUGACUCUGACAUGUGCAAUGACAGAUACGCACACACGUUCACUGACAGAUAGACACACACACAUUUUCUCACAAACUAUUAAUAACGUUUAUUUUACUUUAUGUCCACCAAGCCAACCUACCUUUAGGAGAGCUGGAAUAGGUCCUUUCCCUCGGGAGGUAGCUUUUUCUUGCUCUUCUUCCUAGAGCACUAUUUAGUGAUGCCGGAGACGGAGCGACAUCAUAUUCCUGCAUACCUGCAGGGUGCACAAGAGAGCAGAGCAGGAAGAGUUCAACUCCCUCCCUUGCCGCCCACAUUCACCUUGUGCAGGUUGCCUCCAUGCUCCCUUGCCAACCCGCUUCCGCUGAACGGGUUGAGAAAUUCCAUGUGCGACAGAAUUCCUAGUCGCCAUGGCAGCCUGGAGCCUGAGAUUGGUGAAGCCCUGCUUUAAUGUAAAUGUUGUAUAAAUAUAUGAACCUGUCACUUUGUAUAAUACUAUAUAUAAAUAAUAUAUUAAUCCACCCACCACUCAGCUUGGAGGAGAUCUGUCACUUUAUUUUAUAUCAAUCAAUUAAUCUAACUAAAUAUUAUACCAAUCUAUUAAUCUGUCACUUUGUCUAAUAUUAUAUUUAUUAAACUGUAAAUAUUAUAGCAAUAUAUUAAUCCGUCACUUUAUCUAAUAUAUUUAUUGAACUGUAAAUAUUAUAUUAAUAUAUUAAUCCGUCACUUUAUCUGAUAUGAAAGGACCACUAUAGGCACCCAGACCACUUCAGCUUAAUGAAGUGGUCUGGGUGCCUGGUCCAGCAAGGGUUAACCCUUUUUUCUAUAAACAUAGCAGUUUUAGAGAAACUGCUAUGUUUAUAUUAGGGUUAAUCAAGCCUCUAGUGGCUGUCUCAUUGACAGCCGCUAGAGGGCUUCCCCGCUUCUCACUGUGAUUUUCACAGUGAGAAGACGCCAGCGUCCAUAGGAAAGCAUUCACAAUGGCUGAAUGCGCGCGCAGCUCCUGCCGCUCAUGCGCAUUCAGCUGAAGAGGAGGAGAGAAGGAGGAGAGCUCCCCGCCCGGCGCUGGAGAAAUAGGUAAAUUUAACCCCUUCCUCCCCCCAGAGCCCGGCGGGUGGGGGACCCUCAGGGCACUAUUGUGCCAGAAAAACGAGUAUGUUUUCCUGGCACUAUAGUGGUCCUUUAAUCUACAAAUUUGUCACUUUAUCCGUGCCUAUCAAAUAUAAUAUAUCAAUCAUUAAUCUCAGUGUAAAUAAUGUGUAAAUCUAUUAAUCCAUCACUUUAUCAAAUAUAUCAAUCUGUUAGUCCAUCGGUUUAAUAUUAAAUCAAUCUAUUAAUCCAUCACUACAAAUGUCAUAUAAACCUAUUAAUCCAUCUCUGUAAAUAUUAUAUAACUAUUAAUCCAUGACUUUAUCAAAUGUAUCAAUCUAUUAAUCCAUCGCUACAAAUGCCAUAUAAACCUAUUAAUCCAUCUCUGUAAAUAUUAUAUCAAUCUGUUAAUCUAACUGUAAAUAUUAUAUAACUAUUAAUCCAUCACUCUAAAGAUAUAAAUCUUUUAAUCUAACUGUAAAUAUAUAAAUCUAUUAAUGUAAAUAUUAUAUACAUCUGUUCAUCUAACUGUAAAUAUAUAAAUCUAUUAAUCUAACUGUAAACAUUACAUAAAUCUAUUAAUGUAAAUAUUAUAUAAAUCUCUUAAUCUAACUGUAAACAUUACAUAAAUCUAUUAAUGUAAAUUUUAUGUAAAUCUGUUAAUCUACCUGUAAAUAUCAUAUAUAUCUAUUAAUCGAUCACUAUAAACAUUAUAUACAUUUGUUUUAGCCAUCACUGUAAGUAUUGUGUAAAUUAAUUAAACUAUUAAUCUGUCACUGUAAAAUGUUUUAUAAAAAGAUUUAUUUAAUGUUUACAGUGCUGGAUUAAUAGAUUUAUAGAAUGUUUACAGUGCUGGAUUAUUACUUUACUCUAUCAUUGAAAGUAUGUAACGUUGUUACAGAUAUCUACCACUGUAAACAUAAUAUAAAUGUAAGGUUUUUUUAAUGUGCAUUUCGUAAAGCUGGUGUGUGCUAUUUCUGUACAAAACAUCAUAUUGUGUUCAGCUACAUCUGCUGAGUACAACUAUACCCCCAAUGUAUGCUUUUGGCACAAUUCUGUGAAACUACUGUGCCAGAUAGCAGACCUGGCCAUUUCAGAUUUACCAGUAGAAUUGUGAGACAUAUUAAUGGGCCUAUGUCUCAUUUUGGGCAUUAUAGCAGGUUGACUGUUCGAAAUUGUGACACUCCUUUGUAACUCAUAUGGUCUACAUUGUGCCUGAAAGGAACAGUAUAGUGUCAGGAAUACAUACAUGUGUUCCUGACACUACACUUCUAAUAGUGCCUUUAACCCCUUAAGGACCAAACUUCUGGAAUAAAAGGGAAUCAUGACAUGUCACACAUGUCAUGUGUCCUUAAGGGGUUAAAGUCCCCAGCUCCCCUUGUCCCCUGUUAAAAAGGUGAUUUUAUGUGUGAGUCUCCUCUGCUGACUCCGCCCCCUUGACUAAGAUCAUCAAACUUGAUGAUCUCCUCCAAUCCAAUGCUUUUCCAUAAGAAAGCAUUGGGAGGCUAUUGCGCAUGCACAGCAAACCGCCGCACUGUGCCAAUCAGCAUCUCCUCAUAGGGAUGCAUUGAAUCACUCCAUUUCUAUGAGGAACAUUUAUCGCCUCCAUGCAGAGCAUUGAGACACUAAACGUCUGACCCACCUAUCUGAGUGACUGUCAUUAGAGUUGUUCUUAGGCUGUGCUGUAAACACUGCCUUUUCUCUGAUAAGGCAGCGUUUAUAUUAAAAAGCCUGCUGGGACAUACUAUGAACAAUAGAACAACUGCAUUAAGCUGUUGUUGUUCUGGUGACUAAAGUGUUCCUUUGACUUGCUGCCAUUUUUUUUUUCCAAUUAAUGUCAAAAUGCUGGGUAUUUUGUACAUGUGAUAAAAUCCCCCAAAUUAUGCUCAGUGGAUGCUAAAUAGGCAAAUUUGAGACACGGUAAUUUCCGGGUUUUUAUUCUUCCUUAAAACGUUGAAUUUCGACAUUGGGUCCAUGUCCCAUUUUGGAGCAUUCUAGUGGGUUGCUAAUUCAAACUACCGAAACCACAGUUCAUGUGCAGAUCUUAGCUUCCUGAAGCAAUUUGGAAAUCAGCAGUGAGCGAUGCCGCCGGUGAUGGGCAAUUUAUAUGCACUAUCUGCUUCAGCACUCAGUGGCCCACUAUGUGAAUAUACAUUGUCUACCUCUACAGUACAACUUGUCACUGGAGAUAUACACCCAAAAUAUUAAUUCUGUCUCUUCCUGUAUUUGUGGGAGUGCUCUGGGUCUAUACAAAACUCCUAUUGCCACCUUUCAGGUCACCAAUAUACAUUACUUACACUAUUAUGACAACACAAAAUAAUAAAUAUAUGUGUGCCUUAUCGUGUUAAAAUGGAAUCAGUCAUCUAAUGCAGCGGUGCCCAAAAUGUAGAUCCCCAGAACUUCAACUCCCAUGAUGCUUUGCAUGCCUUUAGAAUGACACAGCAUCAUGGAAUCUGUAAUUUGGAAACAUCUGGGGUUUUACUUUCUGGGCACCCCUGAUCUAGUGUGUUCAGUAAUGUAAUACCCACACCCAUCCUGCUACUGACAGUGUGCAUAAUCUCCCCAAAAAAUGUUUGGAUAAUAAUGUGUCUGCAUGUUUGUAUAUUAUGAUAGAUAUAUAGUGGUAGAUUGCAUUUAUAGUAAUCUGUAUUAUCUACUGAUCUCUGUAGCCAUCAAUUUCUAUACUAUCUGUCCAGUUUAUUAGUGUAAAAUGGUAAAUAAUGCAACCCCAGUUAUCUCUGUGGAAUCACAUAGUGUGCUGCUGACAGAUUAGGAUAUUUUGUGGCUUUUCAAUACCACCAUUUCACUAGAGAUUGCCUUACUUCCCCUUUUUUAUUAAAACUAUCUUCACAAAAGGCACGCUGCCAGUAUUGCAACAAUAACAUGUGUAGUAAUGAUAAAAGGAAGACUAGAAUUUGAUCAUUUGAAUAUUGUUUUGAUCGUUCUUGUACUUUGGUUGCAUAGACCGUGUCUGUUUGAAAGAAAUUAGACUAGCUAAACAAUACAAGAUAUAUAUAUUUAUUAUUCCUUUAGGGCCUCUUACUAAGCUUGAAUUUAAAGGAUCACUAUAGUGUCAGAAAAACAAAGCGAUUUUCCUGACACUAUAGUGCCCUGAGGGUGCCCCCAUUCUCAGGGUCCCCCUCCCGUGGCGCUGAAGGGGUUAAAACCCCUUCAGCCACUAACCUCAAUCCAGCGCCGUUCUCCCUUGGCGCAGGUGACCUCUCCUCCCCCAGCUGACAUCAGCUCCCCCGUCCCACGUCAGCGGAGCCGCAUGCGCGGCAAGUGCCGUGCGCGCAUUCAUAUUGUCCAUAGGAAAGCAUUUCUCAAUGCUUCCCUAUGGAUGCUCUGCGCGAUGGAGGCAUAAUAUGCCUCCAGCGUCGCAGAUGCGCCUCUAGUGGCUGUCCGGUUUCUCUGAAACUGCUAGGUUUGCAUCUGAAGGGUUAAAACCUGAGGGACCUGGCACCCAGACCACUUCAUUGAGCUGAAGUGGUCUGGGUGACUAUAGUGUCCCUUUAAGUGAACCAAAAUCCAAAUUGUACAGGCAGCCAAACUCUAACAACUGUUUCAUUGGCGAAUUUUGCACUUUGGGUAUUGAUUGCUUUAUAAGAAAACAUUGUUUUUGAGCAACCAUUACUGUACUACAGUACAGUACUCCUUAAAGGACUACUAUAGUGCCAGGAAAACAUACUCGUUUUCCUGGCACUAUAGUGUCCUGAGGGUGUCCCCACCCUCAGGGUCCCACUCCCGUGGCACUGAAGGGGGAGGAAGGGGUUAAUCCCUUACCUUUUUUCCAGCGCCGGGCUCCCUCGGCGCUGGGACUCUCCUCCCUUUUCUGACGUCCCUGGCUGAAUGCGCAUGCUCGGCAAGAGCCACACGCACAUUCAACCAGUCCAUAGGAAAGCAUUCUCAAUGCUUUCCUAUGGACGCUGGCAUCUUCUCACUGUGAAGACAGCCACUACAGGCUGGAUUAACCCAUAGGUAAACAUAGCAGUUUCUCUGAAACUAUGUUUACAGCAAAAAAGGUUAAACCUAGCUGGACCAGGCACCCAGACCACUUCAUUAAGCUGAAGUGGUCUGGGUGCCUAUAGUGGUCCUUUAAUGGGAGAAAUUGUGUAAAAUGUACCUUCUAUUCUAGUUUCAAGGCCAAGUUCUCCUUGCAGCCUGAUCUUCCUCUCUUGGCAUAACUCCAAUUCACUUGAAAUGUAGGGAUGUCAGGGAGGAUGGACUGGGGGGUGAGGGGGGAGACCACCAUUGGAAGUCUUAUGUGCUUGCUGAUAACAGAUGAUCAGUAUGCAGACAAUUAACAUUACUCACCCAGAAAUCUUGUUCCAGGCUGACUGGCUAAAGAUGCCCCAAUGUUACACCUCCAGCAGCGGAAGGGUUAAACUUUAUAUGUGCAGUGUUUCGUAGCAAUUUGAAGUGGUCAUAGUGCUUGGAGUACCCCUUUAAGUAGCCAGUCUAUGACUAGAGUUGAAGUGGAGAAUUUUGCACAUUUGGUUUAUAUUGCUUAAAUUGUGACUAUAACGUAUAACCCUGUCUGUGUUUUAAUUUCUUUCCUUAAAUUAUAUUAAAGGAACACAUAUCUGUAUUCCUAAUGCUAUAGUCCUGAUGUCCUUUAGAAUUUCAGCCCCCAAUGCCCUCUAAUUAGAAACAAAACAGAAAUAAUCAAAUUACUCCCCUUUUCUCCAGCGCAGAGUCUCCUUCUAGCAUUAACGUCCCCUUGGGGCAUGAUAACGGGCCAAUCCAAUGCUCCUCAUAGAGGACAUUAUGGAACCUAGGCGCAUGCGUGGUUCUCGCUCAUUGCAUGAUUCUCUAUGGGAGACCGUGAUGGAACUGGGCAUGCGUACAUGAUGUCACGGUAUGUUAGAGUGCGAGAGCCAGACUUUUUGAAAACCAGAGGCUUUGGAGGCAUGGUUUUAAAACAUGCUUCUAAUUAAUAAACAACUGCUUUGGGGCGAUUUAGGAAGUGGGAACAAAUGUAGGAACUAUAACAGCUUCAUCAAGAUAAAUUUGUUAUAGUGAGUACAGUGUUAACACACUAUUUAAAUAAAAUAUUGAAUGGGGCAUUCUUAGCAUGAUUAUAAAUCCUUUCAGAAUUAAUUAUGGAAAUGAGGAGUUAAUAAAGCUCACCUCUUCAUCAGCAUCCUUUGAAGAGGUCAGGAAAUCCUGUGUUCUCUUAUUGUUGUCAAUGGAAAUGUUGUGCUUAUUCCAUAACACUGGUCCAGCUGCUGGUAAUAGGUUAUAUUUUUUAACUGUUGCAAUUACAUUAUUCUUGAAAAAGGACCUUAAAGGACCACUAUAGUGCCAGGAAAACAAACUCGUUCCAGGUUAAAACCCCUUCAGCCACUUACCUUGAUCCAGCGCCAGGCUCCCUCGGCGCUGGGGAACUCUCCUCCUCCUGCAGAUGUCAUCGGCUGAAUGCCCAUGCGCGGCAAGAGCCGUGCGCGCAUUCAGUCAGUCCAUAGGAAAGCAUUACUCAAUGCUUUCCUAUGGACGUCAGCGUCUUCUCACUGUGAUUUUCAGUGGCCUCUAGUGACUGUCAGUGAGACACUGUGGAAGUGGCCUCUAGUGACUGUCAGUGAGACAGCCACUAGAGGCUGGAUUAACCCUCAGUGAAACAUAGCAGACAAAACAUGCAUUCCUGUCCCUAUAAUGUUAAAACCACCAUCUAGCCCCUCUAAAUAUAGUGAAAUCUUACUUGAAUUCCAGUCUGCUCCUGAUCUUCCUGCUUACAGAUGAAAUCAUCAGAAGUGAUUCUGUGAGACAAUCACAAUGCUUCCCCAUAGGAUUGGCUGAGACUGGUAAGGAGGCAUAGCCAGCACAAGCCACACACAGCCCUGGUCAAUCAGCAUAUCCUCAUAGCAGCCAUCUGAGGAGUGGCCAGUGGAAUUAUCACUAGGCUGUUAUGUAAACUCUGCAUUUUCUCUGAAAACACAGUGUUUACUGCAAAAAGCCUGAAGGGAAGGAUUGUACUCACAAGAACAAAUGCAAUCAGUUGUUCUUGUGACUAUAGUAUCCCUUUAAAUUUGUACUUGUGGGUUGCUUGUAGUAUUGGCUGUCUGUGGUGCUUUGUGUUGCGUGUGGGGGGACUGUCUGUAGUAUGAUAUAUGUUUUGUGGGGGUGUUUGCAUUGGGGGGCUCUUUGUUAUAAACAUAUUGUAGCUUAUUGUUUUUUACCACCAUUAAAGGACCACUCUAGGCACCCAGACCACUUCAGCUUAAUGAAGUGGUCUGGGUGCCUGGUCCAGCUAGGGUUAACCCAUUUUUUCAUAAACAUAGCAGUUUCAGAGAAACUACUAUGUUUGUGAAUGGGUUAAGCCUUCCCCUAUUUCCUCUAGUGGCUGUCUCAUUGACAGCCACUAGAGGCGCUUGCGUGCUUCUCACUGUGAUUUUCACAGUGAGAGCAUAGCAAGAGCGUUGUGCGCUUUCCUAUGUGAGCUGAAUCUUGGCGCAGCUGUAAGCAUUCCGGGAGGAGGAGAGCUCCCCGCCCAGUGCUGGAAAAAGGUAAGUUUUAACCUCUUUCCCCUUUCCAGAGCCGGGCGGGAGGGGGUCCCUGAGGGUGGGGGCACCCUCAGGGCACUAUAGUGCCAGGAAAACUAGUAUGUUUUCCUGGCACUAUAGUGGUCCUUUAAUGAACAUGCAGGCCAGAGCUAGGCAAGAGGGAGGGGGCAUGAUUCCUCAUGCUUGAUGGUUUUAUGGUUCAAUUUACUUUGAUAUGGCUCUUAUAUGAGCGCAGACCCUUUAACUUGGUUCCAGCCCUUUACAAGUAGUAACCCGAAGCAAUGGCAUGACUCACUGACAACAUUGUAUCGCGAGGGAAAGUCCCCUGUGGUAUCUCCACCAUCUGGAGGUGAACACCAAGGCUCCCUUGCAGCUCAGGCACUGGGAAACUCUGUCCUGGCCCAGGAGAUCCUCUGAUCUCCCUCCCUGGCCCAUUUGGGUCAGCAUUCUUGUGUGCCAUGAAGUUACAUCCCAAGUGCCAUGGGUUACUGACCACUUUAUGGUUUUAGACCAUAUUUUAUCAAAAGCAAUUCUGGGACGAUGUUCUACCAAAUAUGAUUCUGUUGGUUUCAUUAUGGCUGACACACAUUUAGUAACUGUUACUGCUGUCUCUUGGGGACUGUUCAGUUUGCAGCCAUUGCAAUAUAUAUUACAAGAAUGGAAGUUGAUAACGCAUCCGGGUACUAGCAUGGGUGUAAAUUGUCUAUUUGCCAACCGGCCAUUAACGAGUGAAAGUUCAAGCAAUGGUAAGUGUGCCGGGUUCCAUCCACUGCCUGUGUGGAUUCUUCAUGCUGUUUGAAAGCGGCAUAUAUGCGGGCACAUGCAUGGGAUGGAAAUUACAAGCAUUUGUGGACUUGUACGUCAUUCCUGUGCCUUCAAAGCAACAUGAGUGUCAAUGCUACCCUAACUGCAGAAGUAGGUAGGUUCUUGUUGGCACUCCAGUGAUAUUAAUUUAUAGAAUUGUGUUUAUUGUCUGUCUUGUCUGUUUUUUUUUUUAACUUGAAAAUAUGCUCAGUUAAAUUAGAGGAUCUUUGCAGUUUUUACAAGUGCUCCUUUUUAGGCCUGUUUUAGGAAUCAAAACCAUUACAUGCUGCUGCACUUCCGCUUUAGCAAUAUCAAUUCUGUCCAGGCUUUAUAGCCAUUUAUUUGCCGAGCGCCUCACCUAACCUCCUCAGCCUAUGAGAAAACCUUAAUGGAGAAAUUAUCUGACUUUUUAUGCACAGUGAUUGUUUUAAUGGAUGGCACCAUGGUUGUGCACUGAACUGUAUAUGCCAGAAAGCACUGUUGGCAGCUGGGCAGAGGUUUAGGGGAUAUGCCAUUCAGAACAAGAGUGUUCAGCCAUGUCCUGGACUCAUAGAAACUGUAUCCUAGGGACAUGUAACAGAGACAUGUACUUUACACACCUAUGGUAGAAAAUCACUUGACAGUUGACAGAGUGGACAUGAUUCUUCUUUUUUAUUUAUUUUAAAUUCCUUAUAUUAUAAGAAUAAACAUGAUAUGGUGCAUCCUUUAGAUCACAUUUCACAAAGUACAAAAAGAAAGAAGGGGAGAAAUUGCCAUUGUAAGUAAUAUAACUAAUUGGCUAUGUGUGAAUGAAUUGUUAAGUUACGUUCGUUUCUGUAAUAGUGUGCAUAUAAUAUUUUCCCCCCAACAAAAGAAUGGGAACUCUGAGAACGGACAAAAGCUAAGAGUAAACUCAAUAGCUUACCCUUCGGUACAUCCCCGCUCAGGUCUCAAAAUAGUUUUUGCUCACUUGUGCCGUUACAGAGAGAACAUAUCUAAAGCAUAUCAGACUGGUCCCAACCGUACGGGCAGUCCAGAUCUGAAAUGCCAGCAAGUUCCCUCUGCACAAGAGAUACAGCAACCCCAGAUGAUCGUUUCGGCCUUCUUUUGGGCUUCAUCAGUGAGGUGUAGCUGAAGCCCCUCUAGGCACAGUGAGCACGGGGUACACGUAUGGAUUACCCUUUUAACUUGGGGUGAACAAGUUAAGGCAUUAAAGCAAAAAAGAGAGAAUAUUUUCCCCCUAACAUUUUCAUGAAAAUGUGGACUUUAUGACAUCCAAGUUUUUCUGAAAUUACAUCACCAUUCAUCCUGAUUGAGCUUGAAAGCCGGUAUUUUUAAAUAAGCCCACAUUAGAGCUUCACAUACACAUGAUCAUUUUAACUGGGUGAUUGCUCAAAGGGCUUUCCUAAUAAACUGCAAAAUGGGAACUAGUGUGCCUGCCGGUUACUAAAACUUAAUGUGGUCUGUUUAUCCUUAGCUUGCCCACAGAGAAACAUGGCUGAACACGAACCUACUGCAGAACAGCUGGCACAGAUUGCUGCAGAGAAUGAAGAGGAAGAACAUUCUGUGAACUACAGACCUCCGGCACAGAAAUCCAUCCAGGAGAUCCAGCAGCUUGAUGAGCAUGAUGAGAGUCUGCGAAAAUACAAGGAAGCACUCCUGGGGUCUUUGCCGCGUGCUGUGGGUAAGAAUGCUGUUCCGUGCUAAGGGGAACCUUGUGCUCUGCAUUUGAUGUUCUCCACGGUCUAGUGGGCAUAGAGCUGCAAAUGUUUGAAUAGAAUUUUUGAUUUUGUCUUUUAGAUGCAAAUGCUCCCAAUGUGGUUGUAACCAAACUGACCUUGGUUUGUACAAGUGCCCCCCAUCCUUUGGAGUUGGAUCUGACAGGUAAGGUUUUGGAAUUAUUCAUCAGUUUGCCUCCAGGACAAAAGGUGAAAAUAAAUGAGAAGCUAAUGCUAAUUUAAGAUGUGUAUAAGACCUGUCUCUGCUUUUAGGUGAUCUGGAGAAGUUUAAGAAGGAGUCCUUUUGUCUGAAAGAAGGUGUGGAGUACAGGAUUAAAAUCAGCUUUAAGGUGAGAAACCUACUGUAACCGGAGUACCCUCAACCAGUAAAAGUAAAGCACAUACGGGGAUAGGUUUACCUGAUAGGAUAAUAAUAUUCUAUAGUUACGAACUGUAAACAGCUGUGUUAAAAGUUCACUCUCAUACAGUUAUCAUCCAAGCAUUGCUAUCUCCACGUAUUUACUUAUCCAGUGACAGUUUGGAAGAGGAAAUUAAGCCCUUGUGAAUUCAAUUCGUCAAAUAUCUGUUUUCCCUUCUGCCUGUGGCGUUCAGUGCUAAUUAUUUAGCUGUGUUUGGUAGGAGGCAAACUAUACGUGCGAUUCCAAUACAACCAACAAAUAAUUUCAAUGCUAAUUCUUUAAAAUCCAUUGUAUUGCUUGAGUAAUUAAUUAAUUAAUGCUUCUGUGCCGGUAUUAACCCCUGGUGUGGUAUAGGGUUGCCAAAACUUUACUAAAGAUUAUCUUCUGGCGCUUCUAGCAAGCAAUUAAUACACAAAUGCAGAAUCAUGUAUGAGUCUUCUAUAACCCAAAUCUGUGAAAUAAAUUAAGGAUAUCAAUAACCAAAAUAUUGCACUGGAAGAAGGGAAUAACUCACUUGACGCUCACACACCAGAAUCAAAAAGGUGUACCCAUGUAUAAUGUCUGAUUGUAGUCUCAUGUAACUCUAAGUCGUGGUUAGUUUAGGACCAUAAGUAUGAGCUCUUAUUAAGGUAUUAGAUGAGAGGUUUUUUUAAAUACAUUUUAUGCAAAUUAUACAUCACAUUAAGAUAGAAUAAAGUUGAAAUUCAGGGUUGUCACAAUUCGGUUUAUAAUACCACCGUAUUCCACAGUGUUGUACAAUAGAUUUUUAAAAAUCAACAAUUAUUCGAACAAAACAUGUUUGUCAUAGGGCAAAGUGUCUGAAGAACUUACAAUCUAAAACUAGCAGAAAAAGCCUUCUGAAGAAUCGUAAUAUUUCUAAAUUUAAUGUACAGUUUUUGGUUAUUGUAAAACUGAUAUAAAAUGCAGUAAAAGCAAUUAUGUGUCACUGAUUCCUGCAUCUUGGAGAGAUGGUGGGCAUGCUUUCCAUGAUAAUUUAAUCAGAAAUGGUAACUACUUUAAUAUUUAAGAGGAGACCGUACCCCGACAUUUAACAGUUGCAUUCCUUCUCUGUAAGAAAGAAUUAAAAGGUCCUGUGGUUUGUUAAAUCUUGGUUUUGGCUUACUUUGCAGGUAAACAAGGAAAUUGUAUCUGGCUUGAGAUACCAACAGACCACAUGUAGAAAAGGUGUGAAAUGUAAGUAUACUUUUCCAAGCUGAAAUUACUGUAAACGUCAAACACUUGGGUGUGAAAUAUGAUUUAUGUAGAGUAGGGGUAGCCAUCAGCAGUUACUGUAGUUCAAUAAGGUAUUCAAUAAAAUGAAAAUUGCCAGGAAUUCAAAGAGAAAUUUUGGAGAAAAAAAAGCUGAUUUUGAAAAAUUCUCCAAAUUGGUUUUGUUUUGAGUUUGACUAUUAUGGCAUUACAGUUAAAUUAAUUUUAUUCCAAGCAGUUCACCCUUUAGUGAAUAUUUCUUCAAGUGUCUUGUUUAUAGGGCGCGAUGAUUCCAAUUGAGCUUUUGUAAUAAAGUAAUCGCAGGAUAACGCGAAGACCAAGAUGAGUUUUAGCUGCUUUGUCCUGGUCUCCUGAUUUGUUCCUUCUUUUACAGUGGACAAGACAACUUACAUGGUUGGCAGCUAUGGGCCUCGUUUGGAGGAGUACGAGUUCCUCACUCCCAUAGAGGAGGCUCCAAAAGGCCUGUUGGCCAGAGCUUGUUAUAACAUGAAGUCUCUUUUCACCGAUGAUGACAAAACCAACCACCUUUCCUGGGAAUGGAAUCUGAACAUCAGCAAAGAUUGGAAGAACUAAUCUGCACCCAUAGGUGGAUCCAAUGGGGCCAUGAUUUGCCCUACUCUUUCCACUCUAAGAAGUGCUGCCGGAUCAUGUUCCACCUCAGUAUCAUGUGAUGUCUGCCCAUCCUUCCCCUGUACUUCCCCUUUCCCCAAAAAUUGCCAAGUGGGAUUGAUUUUUUAUUUUUUUUUGCCUUCUGUGGGCGCUGUCUGACUCAUCUGCUCUGCCUUUCCGUGUUGGGUUACUAUUGCAGGAUGUCUGGGAAGAGGGAGUGGUGUGAUUGACCCCUCAGCCCAGUCCUGGGCCCAAGUUCACCAGUUAAUUUUCUUUGCACCAGGGAUUGGAAAGUAUCCGUCACAGGGACAACCCUAAUUUUUACUCUUCCUCCCCCCAUCUGUCCAAUCUUGUGAACAUUGCCCAGUCUGCCACUCAUUUUGCAACGUGUGUGUUGUGCUUCUAUUUUUUUAUUUAAUUUGUAGCCAUGUUGCCUUAAUGAUUGUGCAUCCGUUGUAGGAGGGGUGGCGUCUUAAUAAUUCUCCUCAGUGUGCCUCGCUUUAAAUAUCUGCCCCUUUGUACAGGAGGCUCCUCCCGCAUUGGUUUGGAGCCACCUGCAUAUUCUAAGCUGCUCUUAAUCCAUAUAUUGUGGAGACAAUGAGGUGGCACAGCACUGAACAGUGUAAAUUCUGAAGGUCUAAAAUUUCACUCCCAAUGUGGAUUAUGUAGGACCAAAACUAAAGGUAAAAUGUUUUUAGUGUCUGCCCCAAUCCAAUGCCCUUUCCGGGCACCAAGGCGCUGGGACUGACACUUUUUAUGGUAUGUGCUUUAUAAUUUUCUGUGCCAGUAAAUAAAGCCUCAUCGAUAUUGACUUGUUUGUCUGUGGUUUCGCCCUGCACAGUGUCCUGUCUGUAAGGGACUUUCAUAGCCACUAAUUGUUACAGGUAAGCGCCACACUAAUGCUAGUACUGACAUAUGAAUGUGGGUCUGUAGCUCAGACAGGCUGCCUUACAUCCAGGGGUAAUGUCGUGACAGUGCCCUGAUCCUGGAUAGUUCUAUUUAUUGCCUUUCCUCUGCUGUUUUUAUUAAUCAUUCCACUUUGGGGACUCUGUCAUCACAGACUGGAGAGUAUUGGGGGAGGGGUGGUUGUUUCCCUGCUCAUUUCCCAUGGACAAAGAGCGUUUUGUGUUUUACUUUUUGUUUUGUCUGUAUUUUCCUCCCAAGCCAGAUUCGCAUGGUUGCAAAUUUCAUCUGCUUUGAUUUUUAUGAAAAAUUAAAAGUAUUCCAACUGGCUGUGCAAUGUUUCCUGACUAUCCUUUUGUGUCCUCUCUGUUCCUUUCCUUCCUGGUGUAUACUGCUAUUCCCUUCCAGUUUGGGUAACAUUACAACAUGGCAUACUUUGGCCCUCCUACAUAGCGUUCAUCAUCUAGCAAAUGUGCCUGGAAGCAGGUAAAAUCCACACCUGAGUGUCAGCUAGGCAUUUUCCUUAUAGUAGCCAGCAGAUGUUGCUGUAGAGCUGUGGUUCAAAUUGUAACCUAUCUUGUCCAGACAGGUCUUGAAUUACACCAUUGAUAAGAUAAGCCACAACGUGUAUAGGGGUGGGUGCGUUUUAUGUACUAGAUCCUUCCUUGAUAGGCACCCUCUUGGCCCAUUCUUGUAAUGUAAUAUAUAACAAAAUAUAUUCUGCAUAAGGCCUACAUGGGCUCUUCCCAGUGUUAAAACGAUUUCAACUGCAUUCAGGUAGGCAGUGUCACUGCGGAAUGCAGUGUAUUGAGGGCAGUUAUGUGAGGUUGGAUAAAAAGGAUCUGACUUUCCCAGCCACUUCCUGGCUCUGGUGCAAAGAACCACUUUACUAUAAGGUGCACUGUAUAUUGCAGACAUGUUGGAAUUGUCAAACCCGCCGAGGAAGCCUGUUUCGUUAGUGAUUGCAUGUGGUUAUGGGUCCUGGGCCUGUAUCCUUGGAUUUACUUCAUUUGUCCCCCGUCCUUGCUUGCAGUGGUUCCCAUGUGCUGUAAUAAUACGACUUUGUGUGAUGUUCAUGUACUACCCAACGAAUCCUUUAGGGAGCUGACAUUUAGCUGUUGGAACCUGCCAUCUGCCUUCCCUGAAACCCCUGUACUUCUUAAAAGCAUUCCGCAUGGUUGGCGUAGGCUGGAUAGGGUACAAGGCAAAGCUAGAAAUUUUACAGAAAAUGCAGCACUUUCAAGCAGAUUUCUUUUUAUGUUUCGUAUAUCAUUUAUUUUUUUUAACUCCUUUAGAACCAAACUUCUGGAAUAAAAGGGAAUUAUGACAUGUCACACAUGCCAUGUGUCCUUAAGUGGUUAAAGACAAAUUGGUCAGUUCAAACCUGGAGAUGCUUAUCCAUGCUUAUUCCUGCAACAGGAAACUUGCAGCUCCGUGUAAAAGGCAUGUGUCAUGCGUGGCUUUAUAUUUUUUUUUUACUACUGUCGAUUUGGGGUUUCCAUUCAGAGCAGUAGUGGUAGAGUGAGGUGCGCAGGAAUCACUAAAUGUGCAAACGGACGACGGUUAAGAUGAAGUCAGUUUGUUGUUUGAAAUGGCCUGAAUCUCAUUCCUUUUUCACAGCCUUGGCACUCAAUACAGUGUUUAAUAGGUUUUACAAACUCUUGUAGAAUGAGAGAUCUCUGAUCAAAUGCUUCCCGCAUAGUUUAAGAAAAAUCAAAUACUGUACUCUGAUUCAUGUAAAUUGCUAUCAGCCACUUUCAGAAAGAAAGCUGGUAUAUAUUACAUUGAUCUACAGGAUUGUCUCUCUUACUUAAAUCCUAGGAGCAGGUGACAUGGUCUAGUCUUAGAGCCUGUUUAUAAAUGACCUUAGAUUAUGAUAUUCCUAAUUAUGCCAGUGAAAAUCCCCGGUGCUGAUAUAGCGCAGUGUAUGUACCAGACUUGACAGCAGAGGAUCCUAUUCCUGGCAAUCCCCAGGGCAGUUUUAUUUGUUUAAGGGGAGAGAUCAUGUCAACAUGAGACCUGGAAAUGUCCCAAAUCAGAUACAAGGACAGAUCACACUGACCCCGAAAUCAGCAGAGAGAGUUAAGCAAUAUUGUCUUUCUUUGGGCAGCUGCAGGAGGCUGUGGAUGAGAAUGAUAGCAAUGACUAGUGAAAGGCAUCAGUCAUUUGACCUAAGAGAGAAGGGCUUGUGGACUGGCCAGUUUCUAGUUAGCCCAGGAGAUAUAUAGCAGAUGUGCUUUUGGCUCAGCCCUACCAGAUACACAUUUGGCUGAGAGUUGGGAUUUAACAGCUGGAGUGUAGGAAGUGAGCUCUAUGUUAAUAUAUUUCUAAAUCUUCCAAUUAAGAAAAUGUUAAAACCACGCAAGUUACAUGUAACAUUUUGCAGUUCUAGCAAUUUUAUUUAUACUUGGUGCUAUAGAAUGUGCCUGCCCCUAUUCUGACUGUGGUGACGUGUCCAGCUCCUUGGCACAAUAACUGCAAAGAUAGGUACCAGAAAUCGAUGUGAGCGACCCCAUCCAAAGCACUAUGCUGCCGUUUCCUACAGACUUGAUCUUUAGUAAUCUUAAUAUUUUCUGGGUCUAUAUACAUUUGCUGAGUAUUUUCCGCAGUACAGUGUAUGUGAAUGAGGAACCCCCUGAGUGUAGGUAAUCAAGAGUUAGUGCGUGUCCAUGAAUCCUAACAUCAAGUGUCAGGGAUUUCAAAAAUGGAUUCAGGCCUUCAUAUUGACAAGGCUAUUCACUUACUCCAUAGUUGGGAAUUCAAAGUGAUUUUCAAAUUUAAGGCCAAAUUAGCUCAGCUGAAAAUAUUCUCCAAGUGAGCGAUAUUUUCAGUUUGGAUAGACUAUUUUACAGGGCUAUUCACUAACAUGAGAAUUCAAAGUGAAUUUCCAAAUUUAAGGCCAGUGUAACUGAAGCAUAAACGUAAGUGUAGGCACUUACCUAAGAAAACCUUAAAAUAGGUGAUCUAUAUACAUAUAUACAUAUCUCAUGAAAUAAAAACACCUAGACAUGCACUAUUUCAAUUGGUGACUCUCAUAGAUAAUCAACCGCAUAUAAAUCACAGUGUGUGUUAUUUCAAAUAACUGUUAAAAUGCUGAAGAGUCCAAAAGUUUUUGGGUAAAAGUCUCUUCGGGUUAAUCUUGCCUCACAGCUAGGGUCCAGCAUCUUAUGAAACAAUGUGUAACACAGUAGUUUUGUUCCUUAAAAAGAUAUAAAAGAGGACCUCAUAACGUAACAAUGUAUUUAUUGAAAACAAACAUGAGAACCCUUACAUCAUCGUGUGGUGGUACGCGUUGCCAAGAUACCACAAUCUAGCAUAGGUGUAUGUGAGAUACAGAAGCUUUUACUGCCUGUCAUCCUGCUUGUACAGACUCCCGCUCGAUCUCAGGGUUGAUAAACCAAAUAUUGUUGCCGGGAGAGAGCUGAAAAUGGGGACCGGUGAUUUCAAAUCACUUUCUUUCACCACUCGUAAAGCAAAUGCCGCUCGCACUUCUAUGCGUUUCGCCCGUAACACCAGGCUUUUUAAAGAUAGUGCGGCGGCCACUAAGAGCGUUGCUUUAUACGCUCACAUCUGUUUAACUCUUAAAGUGCCAUAUGCCCUACAUCCUUCCAUGAAGAAGGCUCCCCUUGUAGUACAAAUCAAUUUGGGGUUUUAAAACAUAUAAAUAUACAUGGAACUAAUAAAGAAAUCCUUGGAGUGUGGUAUUGAAAAGGUUAACAUUAACUGGAGAGGGGGAGAACUAAUUAAGAGGCUAACAUAUCAGGAAAUGUCCUGGAUCUAUAAGUUGAAAACGUUGACCCAUGUGGGUAUGAAUGUUGAAUUUGAAUUAGUCAAUAUUCUAGAAAAUAUUUUUUUUGAUAGUUCCAUUUAUGGGGUCCUUUAGACUUAAGGUGAAUAUAUGCACAUACAUUUUCUACAUUUUUUAUUUUAAUUUUAUCUUCCUUGGAACAUACACAUAUUGUGUAUAAGAUUAAGAAUGAAGAAUCGUAGUUCAAGAUGUGGGAUAUCAUGUAUGUGCAUCCCUACAUAUAUUCCUACACUUUAAUAUGUCCUUUAUUUGUUAAUGGGAAAGAUCUACGAGUUUUUAUAUUAUUUUAUGUCUUAACAUGCUUAUGAAACAUGUCUUUAUAUGUUUCUAGUUACAAUAAGCUGUAGUGGUUCUGGUGACUAUAGUGUCCCUAAGAAUUGUAUUUUUGGCAUUGAAAAAAUUGGCUCCUAACUUUUUUAACUGGCUCCUAGAUUCAAACAAAUUUGUCAAGCCCUGAGGUAAGUGAUGUUUCAGGAGGGCUAAAGAUGGCGUCUGUAGUGUAGAGUAAGUGUAAGCUAGCAGAUGCUCUAAAUAAUGUAUUCAAUUAUUUAUACAUAAAAUAAUUCCCAAAGAAGAUGUAUCACAUGUAAUCACUUUAUUUUCAGUAAACACACAGAUCACUGUGUGAGUCCUUCCUACCCAUGUGUUCAGCGCAUGUACAGCCCCAACUGGCUCUUGCCAAGACUAAGUGUCAGCUCUUUGUUAACAUACUCCUUCGCAAAUGACAUAGCAGCCUCAUUCCCUCAUUCUUCUUCUGUCCCACUUUCAUACAUACCAAUGGAAACUAGGGAAACGUCUCUCCUUGAUAAAUGAAUGAAAUCCAGACGAAAUAAAGUACUUCUGCCAAACUGACCUGCCUGGAAUUGUUUUCUAGGCGUUUCAUCGAUGGGGACCUUAAAUAGUUAGUCUCUUUAGAAAUGUAAAAGCUUUUAUGUAAGUUAAACAAGGCUAUUUACUAAAGUUAGAAUUCUUGGCAAGUCAAGGUACCGGACUCGGAGAAUUUUUCCAUUUUGACCUCAAAUUUGAUAUUUACUUUAAAUUCGCUUUGAAUUCCUGACACUUCUUACAGCAAUAAAUAGUGAUAGUGUUAAAUUGUGCAGAGUAUGUCGCAGAAUAUAAUUGUGUAUUAUUGACUUUAUGUCAUUGUAGAUUGCUACUUCAUGUCUUUAGUUGUAAUAAUAAAACAAUUGAAACCACACACGUUUUCUUCCUGUAUUGAUGGCCAUUUAAACUGUGAUGUAAUGAAACUGCAGGAACAUUGCUCAAAUGCUUGAUAUGUAAAAUUCUCAAUUAAAUAUUUCCAUUAAUAGUUCUGCCUAUCAGUAUGUAUAAUCAGUCAAUUUCUCAUGUUGACAACAUAUGAAUGCUACAUAUGGGUGGACAGCAGUAUUCAUGUCUCUCCAAACAGCACAUUGACAGCUGAGGUGAGUACUCUUUGCUCAAUUUUAGACCCUGGC